CUAAUUUAAUUGUUUUUAGAUUGUAAAUAUCAUAUUCAUUGUCUCAAGCCGAAACUAAGAAAAUUGCUUAGAAUCCAAAAUGGCUGCGGUGUUGCAAGGACAGACAUGGUGCCUGCUGAGGAAGAUAACUCAAACAAGUGUUGCAUCUCUACGGUGUAAAUCUACUGUCAGCAAGACCUUAUGGCUGCAGCGAGAGCAGGACACAACAUGGGCUGAGCCUCUGCUGGAUUGGCCAAGGGAACAACGUGAAAUACGGAAACAAAAAGUGUCCCCUUUGCACAUGGUGGUCAGAAUCCAUGACCUCAAAGGCCUACCAAAAAAGGAAAAACAAAUGGCCAAGAAUCUUGGAUUUGGGGAAGGUACAAAGAAGCUGAAGAAAGUCCUGUUGAAGAAUACCCCUAGUAUCAAUGAACAGCUGAAAUUCGUACAGCAUCUGCUGAGAAUUGUACCCGUAACAUUUCCCUAUGGUCUUCCGGAGAACGAAGAAGACUGGGAACACUGCUAUAUCCGAGACAACGGAGAGUUUAUUGUGCGACGGAAGAUCCCAAGUGCGGAGGAAAGCAUUCCGGAAGACAUAGGGACAACAACAGACAGAGAAAACUCAGUGUGGGAUAUGGACAUAGAAACGGUUAAAAAACAAAAUCAAAAGAAAUUAGUACAGUAUGAUAUAAAUUCAGAAUUUUUCAAGCCUCAGUAUGCAUAUAAAAACAAUAGUGACGGUAAAGAACACAGAUAUUUUGGAGAUAAAAGAUUCGGUGGAAAAGGAAGAACCUGGUACUGAGCCGUUGGACAUCACCUUAUGUUUCCAUAAUUUAUGUAAUGCAGCUGCCUGCCGUUCAUUAAAUCUUAAUAGUAUUUUA